AUGACAUCUGAAAUAAAAGAAAACGAGAUUGAUACUAGCAAUGAAGAAGUUACACACCUCGAGUUUGUAGGAGAUAGGGCAUCAGAUUACGACCAUGAACUAUCCGUCUCUGUAGAAGCAUGUUCUAAAUUAGAACUUUUAUGCAUUGGUGGAUUAAAACAGUGUAAGCCAAUUUCUGAUCAGACGAUAGUUGCAAUAGCUCACUCAUGUCCUAAUCUUCGCCAUCUCUCUUUAAAAGGUUGUCAUAAUAUUACAGACGUUUCAUUGACAAAUGUUGGUAAAGAUGCAUUGAGCAAACUUAAUCCAAAAAUUAAGAUAAAGCGGGAUUCAGUGCUUGACAUGAGGCCAGAAAAAGAACUUAAUGAUCUUCAGGUAAUACUAGUCAAUUUAGUACAGUAUUUAUGGUUAACUUAUGUGAAUCUUGAAGAUAUUGUACAAUACUGCGAAGACAAGAUUAAAGAUGAACAUUAUCAAAAGUCAAUUGUGGAAUUGGAACGGGAUAUGAGAGGUAUGGCUGAAAGAUUCGGUUUGAUGGUAAGAAUGUAUGGGCUUAAAGAGAAAAUUAAUUAUCAACCGACAAAUCCAGAAUUAGAUACUAAUUAUGCCAUUACUGAGUUUGUUCCACGCGAUAUAAAAUAUAGAGAUAUAGUCGUAAAACUGAUCCAUGAUUUUUUCGCCUUUACCAACAAUAAGCCUUUUUGCUAA